AUUUACACUUGAGAGCUAACGGGGAGGGCGAUGGCGGUAGACACGGUGGGGGAGUUAGGCUUUCCGUACUGGAAUCCUCUCCGGCGAAGGUUUCCUCCCGAUUCUCCUUUCUUCGCUUCCGGAAACGUCGAGCGCGAACUACUCGCUAAACAGGUGGCUUUGGACUUCACAGAAGAUGAGAUCACCAAUCUGCAAACUAUAGUGGAAACUGAAAGCAGAAGAAUCUCCUGUCCCAUUGUUGGCUGCCCUGAGCGUCUGAAGUCUCUGGAUAAUUUUGAAGAUCACUAUAAGACACGGCACACUGCGUCUUGUUCAGUAUGCUCAAGGGUCUACCCUACUUCUCGCUUACUAAGUAUCCACAUCUCCGAAGCGCAUGACUCUUUCUUUCAAGCUAAAGUUGCUCGUGGUUAUGACAUGUACGAGUGCCUCGUGGAAGGGUGUGGAUUGAAGUUCAAAAGCUACAAAGCACGGCAUCGCCACUUAAUUGACAAACACAAGUUCCCAACGACGUUCGAAUUCUUCAAGAGGACCCAACUCUCUAAGAAGCGAAGAGAGAAACUCCAGAGGCAACGUGUACCAAAGCUGAAGCACGAGGAAGACAAAGAAGAAGCUUCGUCAGAUGCCAUGGAAGUGGAGGACAAAGCCAGUCUUGACGGUCUUGUCUCAGCACUGUCCACGCUCACCACCUCAGACACAACUCCUUCGAAUGUCAGCUUCGGGAGACGCCAUGGUCGUGGGCUGACCUUUGUUCCACGCUCUGUUCAUAGGGAAAAACCAACCAACUCUUCGUCUACACCCGGGUCAAAGACUUAACUAUGGUCUUAUGGUUCCUCCUAGUCUAAGGCUUAUGUAAGAUGGUGAAGAAAAAAAUUUCUUUCUCUACUAACAUUGUUAACGUUUGAGUGAGUCUAUGAAGAAUGCAUUU